CUGGUAUUGAUUCUGAUAGAAGGCAAGAGCUUGGUGCUAGCGUCAGUAGCUUCGGCGUCCACUGCCCGUGGUGCUCCACACACACACACACACAUACACACACACACACACACACAUACACACACAGGUGAGGCCCCUUGUGCAUACAUGUGCUUUCUUACAACCGCCCCACCCUCCCCUCCAGUCCCCAUCUCCGGUGACUAUCACCACCACAGGUGUUUUCAACCCAGGCUGUCAACUGGACCAGCUCGUGUAUAGACGUUUACGUUUCUCGGCUUCCACUCGUCCUUAUAGCCACGGGCUUCACUUGAACUGUUCCUGCCCCACGUAAAGCCCACACUUUGGAAACCCUAAGCGACGUUUUGGCCAGUCCUAGACCAUUAUCAAGUGGUUUCGGUCUCGGGCCUUAAUCAAAACACGAGUGAGAAAUUAGGGAGUAGGGCAGAAAACAGGUGUGAAAGAGGGAAAACACAAAGAAAGGUAGUAGAGAGAACAGUUGUUGAUAAUACCACAAAAUAGGAGAGGUGAUGCUGACAGUUAGGUUCCAUGGUCGGAGGCUGGUUGCCUGCCUCCUGCUCCUCUUGGCUGGGAUGGGAGUCUAUCACCUGUUUACUCUCAACUCUCUCGUGGAUAUUCCAGACCGAGUCCUCCUGAGAGCUUUCGUACGCCGUAAUGUGUACCACGGAGACAACGCUAUUGCCAGCCCAGCCCACCUAGCGUGUCAACACCCCAUUCUGGACGUGAAGAACCCGGAGAUCUACCGAUUCUUCCACAACGUGGACCCGAUCCGCUGCAGCGAGGAGCCGGAAUGGGUGUCGGUAUCGGGUUCAGUAGCGACAAUUACCGGGCGAACUCGGAAGGAACAUGGCGACGUGGAGUGUUCCUUCACAGAGCUGGUGAGGGACGGAGACGACGCCGUGCGUCGUGGCCUCACCACCACCACCCACGACACCUUUGUCUUCACCAACAGCGACUUCUACGUCGUCUCCUGCACGGCCAAGAACGGCAAGACAUGGGAGAAUACGAUAGCUGGAAUCCGGAGGGACGAGGAUCUACGAUCGCAGACAUCAUGGGUUAAGGUGCCCGUAGAUGCUUUAAAACUUAAUUUCCUGAUGCUUGGCUUCGAUUCCCUCUCCCGUAACACGUUUAUACGCACUCUGCCCAAGACUUACGCCUUCCUGACGGAUACGUUAGGGGGUCACGUGAUGGAGGGGUAUAAUAUAGUCGGGGAUGGGACACCGCAACAGCUGAUUCCUAUACUGACAGGUAAAACUGAGCUGGAGUUACCUGAGACGCGGAGAAGGAUGGGAGAGAGAGCUCAGUAUGUCAACAGUUACCCAUUCAUCUGGAACGACUUCAAGAAGAACGGCUAUAUCACCAUGUUCGCGGAGGACCAGCCCCAUAUUGGCACCUUCCAGUACCGCCUCCGUGGGUUUGAUGCCUCUCCCACGGACCAUUAUAUGAGGCCCUUCUUCGUGGCCACCUACCCGGAGUACAAGAACCAUCCCAAGCUGUGUCUCAGGGCUACGCCUCGACACAAGGUGUUCUUCAACUACGUUCACGCCUUCAUGAGUGAGUACAAGAACUCUCCCAAGUUCGGCUUCGCGUUCCACGCAGAGUUGUCGCACGACGACUACAACCUGGUGUCCGUGGCCGACAACGACCUCCUGCAGCUGCUGACGUCCCUCCGACGCGACGGACACCUCAACAACACCAUCCUGGUGGUGAUGAGCGACCACGGACACAGGUUCACUACCAUCAGAGGCACUCAGCAGGGCAAGCAGGAGGAGCGCCUCCCCUUCAUGGCACUGGUGCUGCCCAAGGUGCUCAAGGACACGUACCCGUCAGCCGCUGACAACGUCAGGAUGAACGUGCACCGCCUCACCACGCCCUUCGACCUGUACCCUACAAUGCAGGACGUCCUACACUUCUCCGGGGCACGUCUUGGCCAGGUCACCGAGAGAGGUAUAUCACUCUUCAGCCAGAUACCCACCUCGCGCACUUGCGUAGAUGCGUUCAUAGAGCCGCACUGGUGUGCCUGUUUGAGCUGGGAGAGAGUGGGCGUGGAGGAGCAGAGGGUACAAAGAGCUGCCCAUGCUCUGGUACACUAUAUCAACACUUACACAGCCCCACAGCGUGCCCUAUGCCAUGAACUGACCAUACAGAAAAUCACCUGGGCUGGGAAGCUCCUGCCUACUAAAGGUCUGUUGACGUACAAAAAGAACGCCGACGUGGACGGAUUUGUGCCUGAUUUGACGGACGAGACAGAGGUGAGCGAAGUGGUGUACCAGGUCCACUUACACACCAGCCCGGGUCACGCCCAUUUCGAAGCCUCUUUAUCCUACAACAUCAGGCUUGACACCUUUUCCGUCAAGAUGGAGGACGUAAGCAGAACCAACAAGUACGGCGACCAGCCGCACUGCGUCAGGAACUCCCACCCACACCUACGCAAAUUCUGCUACUGCAGGGAGCCACCACCUCCCCCGCCCCAUGACAAAACCUGAGCCACCUGCCCCUGGCACCUGAAGCACCUGAGGCACCUGCCCCUGGCACCUACAGGCACUCCUAGGUGUGAAAUACAGGCUGGCAAGCCUCAUACCACACCCAAUUUCGUCUUGUCCACACAAAAACUCAUCUGUCAAUUUAUA